CAAUAUAUGCAAAGCUAUUUGGUUUAUCUAAAAAGAUAGUCGACUAUGCUAUUAAAGCUGAUAUACGAACUGAGUUAUCUAAUAUUCUUAAAAAAUUUAUUAAUAGAGUGCAAAGCAAAGUGAAUAGUAAUAAAGCUCAAGACGAGAAUGGUAAUAAUAAUAUUGGCAAUCCUAAUAUUAGUAGAAAUCUUGAUAUAUUGGAAAAUUGUAUUAAUGAUGGAGAUGAUAUUAAAG